AUGAAUGUAGUUGAUAGUGCGAUAAUUGAUCAAGAAUGUGCUUCGCUUCUCAAACAAUCGGAUAUCGAUCAACUAAACCAAUUUCUUGAUGUUGUUACGAUUCAACUAACGAAAUCUUCAUCAAUGACAAGCGACUACAAUCUCAUCAACAAAAUCGUUUCAACUCUGAUUACCGUUGAUACUAAACAACUAUUCAAACAGCGUCAACUUAUUCAACAUCAACUCUUGAUUAUUCUUCGAGAUUAUUUAGUUAAAUUAUUAUUCGAACAGGAACAAAUUGCCUUAGUUAAUAACAUAUCAAUUUUCUUCCAUAAUAUUUGUUCUUCUACUCUUGUGGGUAAUGGAAUUGAUAAACUCAUGAUUUAUACACCUUUAGUAAACAAAAUCUGCACAUUCUUUAAUGAGAUCGAAAACUAUGCUCGAGAAAGUCAACAAAUUGAAAUAAUCAAUCAUUUAAUGCUGAUUUAUCAAAACAUACAAAUGACUCGUUUGGAUACAGGAGAUGGCUCAACUUUAGAAGUUUUAUUUCUGAAUAUUUCUACAUGUUUUUCUUCAAAGUUUUUUCUUGAAGCACUUCAAGCUUUAUCAACAAAUCUACCAAAUUUGAACAGUCUUCUCUUCGACACAUCUGUCGAAUUUCUGUAUUGGCAACCUUAUGAAGAUAGUCUGUCACGACGAAACUGUCUAUUUACGAUCUACAAGGUAUUGGUAGGUACAACUGCCGAUUUACUAUCAUCUCCACCACCGAUUGAACCCAUUGUGCGACUUGCUCGUCUACUUGCCUUGUUGGUUAUGGUUACUGAUGGCACAGUUGAUGAUAAAGAUUAUUAUAAUCUCAUUGAUCAUUCAAUUUCAAUGCUUGAUCUCGAUACAAAUGCUACAACAAAACGAUUGCUUCUUAAUACUUUAUGCCAUUUNUACAAGGUAUUGGUAGGUACAACUGCCGAUUUACUAUCAUCUCCACCACCGAUUGAACCCAUUGUGCGACUUGCUCGUCUACUUGCCUUGUUGGUUAUGGUUACUGAUGGCACAGUUGAUGAUAAAGAUUAUUAUAAUCUCAUUGAUCAUUCAAUUUCAAUGCUUGAUCUCGAUACAAAUGCUACAACAAAACGAUUGCUUCUUAAUACUUUAUGCCAUUUAACAUAUAACAUCGACAUGACAAUACAUAUGAAGAACAAUUCCUCGCUAAAAGCAUCACUAGUAAAAUUGAGUGAAUCUGAGGAUUCGGAAAUAUCUUUCGAUGCAUAUCGUAUUUUAGCUGUGAUUAUGAAUGAAGAUGAUAUUAAAGCACUGACGAAUACAAGUAAAAUUGUUGCGAUAUUUUAUCUGUAUUUUAUUAGUAUGAUGAAUGAUCCAAUUCAGAAAACUGCUUUUCAUAGUUUACUUCAUAGCCUAAAAAGUUUAGUACAACACGAUCAGGUUAAAAAGGAACUAAUUGAAAAAGAUUUCGUUCCAUUGCUUAUUCAAUGUGCAGUGGAAACAAGUUCGAUCAAAAUUCAACAAUGUGCAUUGGAAAUUCUACUUUCGCUUUCUUUUUACAAAGACACUUUGAAUAUGCUAGAGCAAGAUACGAAAUUUAUGACUACGCUAAAAACGCUAAACACCUCAAGUGAACUGAGCAUACAGCGAACCGUUAACCAUUUACUUUGGCAAUUCGAACAAAAGAACAAAACACUCGUUUCGUCAUCGAGUUCCACUUGUAAUAUUAUGCUGAGCUAUUCACAUAAUGAUAAAAAUCUAUGCUUUCAAAUAUACGAUCAUCUCGUCAAAGAUGGAUAUAAUGUCUGGCUUGAUCGAGAUCAAAUGCAUGGAGAUACAAUGACAGCGAUGGCAAAUGCUAUCGAAAAAUCAGAAUUUGUCAUCAUCUGUAUGUCGGAAGCAUAUAAACAAAGUCCGUACUGUCAGGCGGAAGCACAUUAUGCAUUCGAACGACGUCGAAAGUUGAUUCCGUUGGUAAUGAAGUCAAAAUAUAAACCCGAUGGAUGGUUGGGAAUAAUUGUUAGUNUCUGGCUUGAUCGAGAUCAAAUGCAUGGAGAUACAAUGACAGCGAUGGCAAAUGCUAUCGAAAAAUCAGAAUUUGUCAUCAUCUGUAUGUCGGAAGCAUAUAAACAAAGUCCGUACUGUCAGGCUGAAGCACAUUAUGCAUUCGAACGACGUCGAAAAUUGAUUCCGCUGGUAAUGAAGUCAAAAUAUAAACCCGAUGGAUGGCUGGGAAUAAUUGUUAGUGGAAAGAUUUACGUAGAUUUCACUAAACAUCAAUUCGAUCUAGCUUGUUCAAUGCUUAAAACUGAAAUCGAAAAGAAACAGCAAACUGAAAGCAUCGCUUCUAAGCCAUUAGCAAAAACAACAACUGAUUUAUCUGCUCCAUGUACGUCAUCAAUAGUUCCUAUGAAACUACCACAUUGUAUCGAUGUCUGGUCUGCAGAUCAUGUUCGUUCAUUUCUUGUUGCUAACAAUUUCACAUCACUUUUACCCGUUUUCACUGAUUUUAAUGGUCAAUUGUUACAUCAAGCAUAUAUCAUGUGCCAACUAAAUCGAGAAACUAUGUUUCAUUCAAUGAAGAGCGAAGUCGCAACGUGUGAACAUGUUGCGCCACUAACACUCGGUACUUAUCUUCAUUUUCUCAAUGCCUUGAAGCAGUAUAUUCCAAUAUCUAACAGUGAUACUGCACAAACACCAGCGUCGAUGAUUUGCAGUGUUAUGUGA